GCGGCGGCGCCCCCUCCUCCUCCUCCUCCGGCGCCGCGGGCUCCUCGGACAUGGCCGCGGCGGUGGCGGUGGCGGCCGCGUCCCGGCGGCAGUCGUGCUACCUGUGUGACCUGCCUCGCAUGCCCUGGGCCAUGAUCUGGGACUUCACCGAGCCCGUGUGCCGCGGCUGCGUCAACUACGAGGGCGCCGACCGCGUCGAGUUCGUCAUCGAGACGGCGCGGCAGCUCAAGCGGGCGCACGGCUGCUUCCCUGAGGGCCGCUCCCCGCCCGGCGCCGCGGCCCCGGCCGCAGCCAAGCCGCCGCCGCUCUCGGCCAAGGACAUCCUCCUGCAGCAGCAGCAGCAGCAGCAGCAGCAGCUCGGCCACGGGGCCCCCGAGGCGGCCCCGCGCGCGCCUCAGGCCCUGGAGCGCUACCCAUUGGCGGCCGCGGCCGAGCGGCCCCCGCGCCUCGGCUCUGACUUCGGCGGCAGCCGCCCGGCCGCGGGCCUGGCCCAACCGCCGACGCCGCAGCCGCCGCCUGUGAACGGCAUCUUGGUGCCCAACGGUUUCUCCAAGCUGGAGGAGCCGCCGGAGCUUAACCGCCAGAGCCCGAACCCGCGGCGCGGCCACGCCGUGCCGCCCACCCUGGUGCCGCUCAUGAACGGCUCGGCCACGCCGCUGCCCGCCGCGCUCAGCCUCAGCGGCCGCGCCGCCGCCUCACUGGCCGCGGUGUCCGGAGCCGCGGCCGCCAGCCUGGGCUCCGCGCAGCCCGCCGACCUGGGCGCCCACAAGCGGCCGGCGUCCGUGUCGAGCAGCGCGGCGGCGGAGCACGAGCAGCGCGAGGCGGCUGCCAAGGAAAAGCAGCCGCCGCCGCCCGCGCACCGAGGCCCAGCGGACAGCCUGUCCACUGCGGCCGGGGCCGCGGAGCUGGGGGCCGAAGGAGCGAGCAAAGGCCGCGGGCCUGGAGAGCAGGACUGGGUCAACAGGCCCAAGACCGUGCGCGACACGUUGCUGGCGCUGCACCAGCACGGCCACUCGGGGCCCUUCGAGAGCAAGUUUAAGAAGGAGCCGGCCCUGACUGCAGGCAGGUUGUUGGGUUUCGAGGCCAACGGGGCCAACGGGUCUAAAGCAGUUGCAAGAACAGCAAGGAAAAGGAAGCCUUCCCCAGAACCAGAAGGUGAAGUUGGGCCCCCUAAGAUCAACGGAGAGGCCCAGCCAUGGCUGUCCACAUCCACAGAAGGGCUCAAGAUCCCCAUGACUCCUACAUCGUCUUUUGUGUCUCCACCACCACCCACUGCCUCACCUCAUUCCAACCGGACCACACCGCCUGAAGCGGCCCAGAAUGGCCAGUCCCCCAUGGCAGCCCUGAUCUUAGUAGCAGACAAUGCAGGGGGCAGUCAUGCCUCGAAAGAUGCCAACCAAGUUCACUCCACUACCAGGAGGAAUAGCAACAGUCCACCCUCUCCGUCCUCUAUGAACCAAAGAAGGCUGGGCCCCAGAGAGGUGGGGGGCCAAGGGGCAGGCAGCACGGGAGGACUGGAGUCAGUGCACCCUGCCAGCCUCCCGGACUCCUCUUUGGCAGCCAGUGCCCCCCUGUGCUGCACCCUCUGCCACGAGCGGCUGGAGGACACCCACUUUGUGCAGUGCCCGUCCGUUCCUUCGCACAAGUUCUGCUUCCCUUGCUCCAGACAAAGCAUCAAACAGCAGGGAGCUAGUGGAGAGGUCUAUUGUCCCAGUGGGGAAAAAUGCCCUCUUGUGGGCUCCAAUGUCCCCUGGGCCUUUAUGCAGGGGGAAAUUGCAACCAUCCUUGCUGGAGAUGUGAAAGUGAAAAAAGAGAGAGACUCGUGACUUUCCGGUUUCAGAAUAACCCAAUGAUUACCUUUAAUUAAAACUGCUUGAAUUGUGUAUAUAUCUCCAUAUAUAUAUAUCCAAGACAAGGGAAAUGUAGACUUCAUAAACAUGGCUGUAUAAUUUUGAUUUUUUUUUGAAUACAUUGUGUUUCUAUAUUUUUUUGACGACAAAAGGUAUGUACUUAUAAAGGAAUUUUUUUCUUUUGUUAACGUUAUUAGCAUAUCUUUGUGCUUUAUUAUUCUGGUGACAGUUACUGUUCUAUGUAGGCUGUGACUUGCACUGCUUUUUUAGAGCACUUGGCAAAUCAGAAAUGCUUCUAGCUGUAUUUGUAUGCACUUAUUUUAAAAAGAAAAAAAAAAGCCAAAUACAUUUUCUGACAUUGUAAGAUUGCCUUACUGUCUGUUAUUCCCUAUUGCUGGCCCCUUUCUCAGGCCGGAGGCCAAUUGGUGGAGAAGGAAAGGAAACGAGUGAAGGGGCACUGUUGUCAAGUGGGCAUGCCACUGGGAUAUGUCACCAGGUUUACCCUGAAACGUCCUCUCAGAGGAAUAGAAAAAUAGGUUUUGAAUCUCUAUUUUGUUCUUAAAGUUAAGUUCUUGGGAUAUCAAUGACUGAGAGGUGCUGCUGGGAGAUUUUCAGGAUUGUGUAGUUUUUGGGGGUAUUUUUUUUUUUUUUAAGACAAAGUUGACCGCUGCUCACUGUCCACGUGAUCAGUUGUAAGAUUACAAUGCUGCAUGCUAGUUGGUUACAUAAGACACGAUUCCAGCGAUGGAAGGCGGUUAUAAUGGAUGGUGGUGUGUACAAGAUGGCACUGCCAUCUCUGAGCAGAGCCUGGCUCUGCAGCGCCACUUCGUCUUUUUCAACACCCUAGAGCUCUGUUUGUUGUUGCUGUUGUCCUUUCCUUUGGAAGUUGCAAGAGAAGUUACAGUCCAGGUGAACUUGGAGAUUGUGGGAUUGGAUUUGUUUCUGUUUUGUGUUUUGUUUUGUUUUUUAUCAUUUACCUGUAGUGCUAUUGCUGUUGAUACUAUCACCUACACCCUGUUUCUAGUGAGUGCUAAAUACAGUAUGGUACAAUGACAGUAACAGCCGCAUGGUGCUGCCAGGACUGCCCGUGGGCAUAUCAGUGACAGCCCAAAUGUGGGUGGAGGAAACCUGUAAUUUCCUUCUUACAUGUGUUUGAAAUACCAAGUGAAUAAUACUGUUCUUCUGGAAAAAAAUGAUAAACUAGUGAAAAUUAAAGAAAUUAAGGGUUUUAUAGUAGACAGGCCCCACCUCUCAAAACUAUUUUUAGAAGCCUUUUGUAAACUAAUUUCUUUUGAUCACUGUUUUGCAUCAGUAAAAUGAUUUUUUUAAGCCAAUAAAUCAUCAGUUAUUAGAAAUA